GCUGGCAGGCAGACAGGCAGGCACUACAGGUCAGGCCGGCCGGCCGGGCCCGGUUCCGGGUGCCACUGACUUGGCGACGGAGGAGGCGGAUGAGGAGGAGGAGGAGCAGCAGCAGUAGCAGCAGCGCGGGAGGAGAGAAGAUGGCGGCGGACCGGGAGACGGAGGUCCCGGCCAUUGACAGGAGCUUGCUGGAGUGCUCCGCCGAGGAGACUGCCCUGAAAUGGCUGCAAACACCUGAUCUUCCGAAAGAAAUAUACAAGCACCUUGCCUACUAUGUACCCAAAAUUUACUGUAGGGGUCCUAAUCCAGCCCCACAAAGCGAAGAUUUGCUUGCGCAACAGGUUUUGCUGGGACCAAUGGAAUGGUACCUAUGCGGUGAAGACCCUGCAUUUGGCUUUCAGAAACUUGAGCAAUCCAACAAGCCUUCACAUCUUUGUGGCCGGGUGUUUAAAGUUGGCGAGCCUACAUACUCUUGCAGAGAUUGUGCAGUUGAUCCAACUUGCGUGCUUUGCAUGGAAUGUUUCCUGGGAAGUGUUCACAGAGAGCAUCGAUACAGGAUGACAACAUCUGGUGGAGGAGGUUUCUGUGACUGUGGUGAUACUGAAGCUUGGAAAGAAGGUCCAUACUGCCAGAAGCAUGAACAUAACACUUCAGAAACAGAAGAAGAGGAGGAUCCUCUUGUGCAUUUGACAGAAGAUAUGAUAGCAAAAGUUUACAAUAUUUUUGCUAUCAUGUUUCAGUAUGCUGUAGAUAUUUUAACAUGGGAAAAAGAAAAUGAUUUACCACCUGGUUUAGAGACAGUUGAGAAGACAGAUACUUACUUCUGCAUGCUUUUUAAUGAUGAAGUUCACACAUAUGAACAGGUUAUUUACACUCUUCAAAAAGCUGUCAAUUGUACACAAAAGGAAGCCAUUGGUUUCGCAACAACUGUAGACAGAGAUGGACGCAGGUCAGUUCGCUAUGGAGACUUUCAGUACUGUGACCAAGCCAAAUCAGUGAUAGUGAGAAGUACCAGUCGCCAGACUAAGCCGCUGAAGGUUCAAGUUAUGCAUUCAUCUAUUGUUGCCCAUCAGAGUUUUGGUUUGAAGCUUCUAACUUGGCUUGGCAAUAUUAUUGGAUAUUCAGAUGGCCUUCGAAGAAUAUUGUGUCAAGUUGGCUUACAGGAGGGACCAGAAGGAGAAAACUCUUCUCUUGUGGAUAAACUAAUGCUGUCUGAUUCUAAACUCUGGAAAGGAGCUAGAAGUGUCUACCAUCAGUUAUUCAUGAGCAGCCUACUUAUGGAUUUGAAGUACAAGAAGCUCUUUGCUAUCCGAUUUGCAAGGAAUUAUCGGCAGUUGCAGAAAGAUUUUAUGGAGGAUGAUCACGAGCGGCCAGUGUCGGUGACUGCUCUCUCUGUUCAGCUCUUCACUGUGCCUACUCUGGCUCGAAUGUUAAUAAUAGAGGAGAACCUCAUGACUACUAUCAUCUCAACAUUUAUGGACCACUUAAGACAUCGAGAUAUACAAGGCAGAUUUCAGUUUGAACGGUACACUGCGCUACAGGCUUUCAAAUUCAGACGAGUCCAAAGCCUGAUUCUGGAUUUAAAGUACGUGUUGAUAAGCAAACCAGUUGAUUGGUCUGAUGAUCUGAGGCAAAAAUUUCUAGAUGGUUUUGACAUCUUCUUGGAGUUACUGAAGUGUAUGCAGGGCAUGGAUCCAAUAACCCGCCAAGUUGGGCAGCAUAUCGAAAUGGAACCAGAGUGGGAAGCAGCAUUCACGUUGCAGAUGAAAUUGACCCAUGUCAUCUCAAUGAUGCAGGACUGGUGUGCUUUAGAUGAGAAAGUGCUUAUUGAAGCAUAUAAGAAAAGUUUGACCACAUUGAUGCAAUGCCACAGUGGUUUUACUGAUGGAGAGCAACCGAUUGACCUCAACAUGUGUGGACACUCAGUUGAGACUAUCAGAUACUGUGUUUCUCAGGAAAAAGUUAGCAUUCAUCUCCCUGUUUCUCGUUUACUUGCAGGUUUGCAUGUGCUUCUGAGCAAAAGUGAAGUGGCAUACAAAUUUCCAGAACAGCUUCCAAUGAGUGAACUUAGUCCACCUAUGCUAAUAGAACACCCCCUGAGAUGUCUCGUUCUGUGUGCUCAAGUGCAUGCUGGGAUGUGGAGGCGGAAUGGGUUCUCACUUGUUAACCAAAUAUACUACUAUCAUAAUGUGAAAUGCAGACGAGAGAUGUUUGACAAAGAUAUAGUAAUGCUUCAGACAGGUGCAUCCAUGAUGGAUCCAAAUCACUUCCUGAUGAUAAUGCUGAGUCGCUUUGAACUUUAUCAGAUAUUUAGUACUCCGGAUUAUGGCAAAAGAUUCAGUUCUGAAAAUUCCAAUAAGGAUGUGGUUCAACAAAAUAAUACACUUAUUGAAGAAAUGUUGUACCUAAUUAUAAUUAUUGUUGGAGAGAGAUUUAUCCCUGGUGUUGGACAAGUCACUGCUACAGAUGAAAUCAAGAGGGAGAUCAUUCAUCAACUGAGCAUCAGACCCAUGGCACACAGUGAAUUAGUAAAAGCAUUGCCUGAAGAUGAGAACAAGGAGACUGGGAUGGAAAGUGUGAUCGAAGCAGUUGCCUGUUUCAAGAAACCAGGACUAACAGGCAGAGGAUUGUAUGAGCUGAAACCAGAAUGUGCUAAAUACUUCAAUUUAUAUUUCUAUCAUUUUUCAAGGGCAGAGCAAUCCAAGGCGGAGGAAGCCCAAAGGAAAAUAAGGCGACAAAACCGGGAAGAUACAGCUCUCCCACCUCCUGUUCUACCUCCAUUCUGCCCUCUGUUUGAAAGCCUGAUCAAUAUUCUGCAGUGUGACGUCAUGUUGUGCAUUAUGAGGACGAUACUGCAAUGGGCAGUAGAGCAUAAUGGUUAUGCCUGGUCGGAGUCCAUGCUUCAAAGGGUUCUGCACUUGACUGGAAUGGCCUUGCAAGAAGAAAAACAACACAUUGAGAAUGCUGAUGAAGAUAAUGUAAUAACAUUUACUUUCAGUCAGAAGAUCUCAAGGCCUGGUGAUACACCCCACAAUUCCCCAAGUAUAUUAGCAAUGCUAGAAACUUUGCAAAAUGCACCGCAUCUGGAAGUCCACAAGGAUAUGAUCAGAUGGAUACUAAAGACUUUUAAUGCUGUUAAGAAGCUCAGAGAGAGAUCUUCUGCAAGUCCUGUAUCGGAGACAGAGGGAAAUAUUAUGGAAGAGAGCACACGAGAUAAAGAAAAGGCUGAGAGAAAGAGAAAAGCUGAGAUUGCCAGGCUGCGAAGAGAGAAGAUCAUGGCACAGAUGUCUGAGAUGCAGCGACACUUCAUUGACGAGAACAAAGAGCUCUUCCAGCAGACUUUGGAUGAACUUGAAACUUCUACCUCCAGAGUGCAUGAUAAUAGUCCUUCAGUUUCAGAUACCAAGCUUACAGCUUUGGGUCCUGAGCAAACUAAAGUGACUCCACAGAGGCAAGUUGUUACCUGUAUCUUAUGCCAAGAAGAACAGGAGGUUAAGGUGGAUAACAGAGCAAUGGUGCUGGCAGCAUUUGUUCAAAGAUCGACAGUCUUGUCUAAAAACAGAAGUAAAGUGAUUCCAGAUCCUGAAAAAUAUGAUCCACUGUUCAUGCACCCAGACCUGUCAUGUGGAACAUACACUGGUAGCUGUGGACACAUUAUGCAUGCCCACUGCUGGCAAAGGUAUUUUGACGCCGUACAAGCAAAAGAGCAAAGGCGACAACAGAGAUUGCGUGUGCACACAAGUUACGAUGUAGAAAAUGGUGAAUUCCUUUGUCCCCUUUGUGAAUGUUUAAGCAACACGGUCAUCCCUCUACUUCCUCCCCCAAGGAGUUUAUUUAACAGGUUAGAUUUUUCAAGUCAACAAAAUCUUGCUCAGUGGAUAAGAACAGUAUCUCAGCAAAUCAAAGCUUUGUGUAUGCUUCGAGAUCAGGAAAGUGCUAGUAAACCCUCUUGUAGUAGCUCAGAAAAAAUGGAUGAACUGCAACUACCUGAAGGGUUUAGACCAGAGUUCCAACCAAAGAAUCCGUAUUCUGAAAGCAUUAAGGAAAUGCUGAAAACAUUUGGCACUGCAACAUACAAAGUGGGCCUGAAGGUUCACCCCAAUGAAGACGAUCUACGUGUACCUAUAAUGUGCUGGGGCAGUUGUGCAUAUACAAUACAAACAAUAGAACGGAUUUUAGCAGAUGAAGAGAAACCAUUAUUUGGACACCUAUCUUGCAGACAGGAUGACUGCCUUACUUCGUUGACUAGAUUUGCAGCUGCACACUGGGCAGUUUCUUCACUCUCGGCAGUACAGGGUCACUUUGGCAGGCUUUUAUCAUCGCUGGUGCCUAAUGAAAAAAGUGGGAAUCUUGCUUGCAUUCUUGAUAUCGACAUGUUUCAUUUAUUGGUGUGCUUGGUGCUCUCUUUCCCUGCUGUACACAGUCAGGAUUUUUCAGGAGUUAGUCUUGGUACUGGAGAUAUUCAUAUCUUCCACCUUGUUACUAUGGCACAUAUUGUACAAAUAAUGCUUACCUCAUCCACAGAAGAAAAUGGCAUGGACCAAGAAAAUCCUACUGGUGAAGAAGAAGCAGUUCUUGCUUUGCAUAAAUGUCUUGGCCGGUAUGCAGGAAGUGCCUUCAAAGAAAUGUCCUCUGGAUGGCAUCUAUGGAGAAGUAUAAAAGCUGGGAUCAUGCCUUUUCUGAGGUGCUCUGCUAUGUUCUUCCACUAUUUAAAUGGUGUUCCAGUACCACCAGAAUUGCAAGUCAGCGGGGCAAACCAGUUUGAACAUUUAUGUAGCUAUCUCUCUUUGCCAAACAACCUCGUUUGCCUUUUUCAAGAAAACAGCAAAAUUACAGAUACGCUAGUUGAAAGCUGGUGUAAUAAUGAUGAAGUAAAAAGAUACCUGCAAGGUCAGAGACAAGCCAUAAGCUACCCGCGAGAAUCUAACAAAUUAAUAGACCUUCCCGAUGAUUACAGUAGCCUCAUCAAUCAAGCUUCUAACUUUUCGUGUCCAAAGUCAGGUGGUGAUAAAAGUCGAGCACCAACGUUGUGCCUUGUAUGUGGGACCAUGUUGUGUUCUCAGAGCUACUGUUGUCAAACAGAGUUGGAAGGAGAAGAUGUAGGAGCCUGUACUGCACAUACGUUUAUCUGUGGCUCUGGAGUAGGAAUUUUUCUCAGAGUACGGGAGUGUCAAGUGCUAUUCUUAGCUGGAAAAACAAAGGGCUGCUUCUAUGCUCCUCCUUACCUUGAUGACUAUGGAGAAACGGAUCAGGGACUCAGACGAGGGAAUCCUCUACAUCUGUGCAGAGAGCGAUUUAAAAAGAUCCAAAAACUCUGGCAGCAACACAGCAUUACGGAGGAAAUAGGACACGCACAAGAAGCAAAUCAAACGUUAGUAGGCAUCGACUGGCAACAUUUAUAACUAAUUUCUUUCUGAAGACUGGAACUUCAUGAUCAUCCUUUUAUAAUCCUGCAAAAUUUGUCAGUCGGAAGGAGGAUUAGGAAACAAAGGAUUGAAGUAAUAAAGAGAAGAGUCUAGUUCUUUUAUUGACUUUUCCAUGUUUGUAUAUUUCCUGGUUUCCAUAACCAUGUAAACUUUAGCAGAUUUGAUCAGUAGUAUUAUUUGCACUGCUUCUUUCAUACACAACCUGUUGAUUUCUAUAACUUGGGCUACUGAAUUUAACAUUUCUAGUACAAAGGUAGCCAUCUCCUUGGAGUAUGAAAUGUUUUUGGAUAAGAGGAGGAAAUCUCUGCUGAAAUGGCAACUUAGCACAAUGUUGAAGUGGUGAGUUCACCCUUUUGUAGUAAAUCUGAGCCAUUUUGCAUUUUAGUACUUAAAACUUGUAUUGGAAUGAAAUAGGGGUGCAAAAAAAUGUAGCAAUGGGUUUAUCUAUAGGAAUGCAGAAGAAAACUCAUUGUAUCUAAAACGACUUUGUAAUCUGAAGCCUUGCAGGGCUAUUUUGCCUUUGUCUUUCUUCUUAUUAAAAGAGAACACUUUAAUAAGGAAAACUAAUUUAAAGAUCUUUUUUUGAAAUAUUGCACUCUUUAGAAUUAUUGUGUGGAUUGUGAUAUUGACAUAGGAGGCAAAAACAGAACACUGUUGUCCAUGCUGUGAUUGAUAACCUUCUGUGUUUAGAAGGUUGACAUUCUGCUUAGUUGAUUUGAGAUAUUGAGUAACAUCACCCAUCAGAGAAGUCAUGCGAAAAUUAAUUUGGUGUCAGAUUGAAGAGGGAGUGAAUAAGAUUGUUUAUUUCAUUUCAUUUACAUUUGUUGAUUACCAGCCUUCCAAGGUUCAGGAUCCAUUCCUCUUUUUAAAGUUCCAAGAUAAAAAGAUAAAAGGCAAAGUGAGAACCGAGGACACUCCCCCUACUACCACAUUAAUUUCCUUUAAUUUGCACCGCCAUCUACAUCCAUUUGAACUUGGCUGGCAUUCUGUAAAGAAGUUUGUCUAUAGUAUAUUUUGUAAGUAUAUUGAAAUAACUGCACAGAUUUUGCACAUGGGUGCCUGAAGGCAGUGAAUUUUCUAAAUAUACCUUGGGGCCUCCAUUAAAACCAUAUAAGAUAACAUUAUACUUUUCUUUAGAGGUUUCAUGCUCUCUGUCCCUUCCAAAUAGCAUCCUUUUAAAAUAAAUAGCUAUAAUCUGUAAUCUUAGUUAGUUCUGAUAACUCUUGGGAUUUCUCCUGGCUUUCAUCUUCAGUUCAGAGAUGCCAUCUCAUGAACAGCCAGUAUACUUGCAAUUAGUCUAAGUUUGGGUUUUUUUCAGUGAUCUAAUACAUCAAGUAGUGUUUACAGCAGUCUUCUAUAGGUUCAGAAUAGUUGCAGUGAAUACGUAAGACACAAAUUCAAAGCUAUACCAGUUUGGCUUCCUUUUCUUAGGGAGAAUAACUUUUGACAGGACAGACUUGUCCAUCUGAUCAGUCUUCCUAGAUGUGUUCCUGAGCCUCUCCUUCUUUGCUGAGUGUUGUGUAACUAGCAAGAAAAUAUUCAGUCUUCAUUUUCCCUUUGAUUAGGUUGUGGGUAAAGCUAUUUGCUGUGCAUGUUACACUUAAUGUACUAGUUCUGCUCUAAUACUGUUUCUUUGAGAUUUUGGGAAAAAAAACUUGCUUUAAGAGGCAUUUAGUAACAAUACAUUUAGUUUCUCAGUCUCCCCUGCUCCCCUUUUAUGGGUGCAUAAAACAGAAAAAUAGGAUCUGCUGCCAUUUAACUGACAAGUUUCUAUGUAAAGUAAAUAUUGAGAGAAUAAGGACUUUUCCCCUCAGGUACUCAAGAUGGCAGUCAAAUGGGUUGGUGGAAUUAUGACUAUAUGACAUAGGAAAGUGUAUAAAUUUAUCCUGGUUUUUUGUAGGAUUGCUCAUUCUUCAACAACCCAUUUUCUUCUCUGACUUUUUUUCCUUUUGCAUGUAUUUAUGUUCAUUGUAGAAAUGUUUAUAUAACAAGCUUUCAGUAUCAGGGAAUUAAUACCUGUAAUAACUUUCGUAUCUGUGGACAACUUGUAAAAAUUCAAAUGUAUCAUAUGUAUAAAAAGUAUAAAAAAUAAAUGCUUUAGGUGUUGACAUUC